ACUUGAAGGGUAUUAACGUAAUAUUCUCACUUUACACAUGCCCAUAUAAAAACAGCAAUUUGAUCGCCGUUCUAAAACCCUAACCCCGAUCUGUAACCCUAACCCUAGCUCGAUCCAGCUCCGGCCCCAGCAACAAUGGCGCCAAAAAGAGGAGUAGCUGUUAAGCCCGCCGGUCAAACGAAGAAGAAGCCGGAGAAGGUUGUUAACCCUUUGUUUGAGAAGAGGCCGAAGCAGUUUGGGAUUGGAGGAGCUUUGCCUCCGAAGAGGGAUCUUCAUCGGUUUGUGAAAUGGCCGAAGGUGGUUCGUAUCCAGAGGCAGAGGAGGAUUCUUAAGCAGAGGUUGAAGGUGCCGCCGGCUUUGAAUCAGUUCACUAAGACUUUGGACAAGAAUCUCGCGACAAGCCUCUUCAAGAUGCUCCUGAAGUAUAGGCCUGAAGACAAAGCUGCAAAGAAGGAAAGGCUUUUGAAGAGGGCACAGGCUGAGACCGAAGGGAAAACAGUUGAAGCUAAGAAACCUAUUGUGGUUAAAUACGGGCUUAAUCACGUCACUUACCUUAUUGAACAGAACAAGGCACAACUGGUCGUCAUUGCCCAUGAUGUGGACCCGAUUGAGCUGGUCGUAUGGCUUCCUGCUCUUUGCAGGAAAAUGGAGAUACCUUACUGCAUUGUGAAGGGAAAAGCUCGACUUGGAUCUAUUGUGCAUAAGAAAACUGCUUCUGUGCUGUGCUUGACCACCGUGAAGAACGAGGACAAGUUGGAAUUCAGCAAAAUCUUGGAAGCUAUCAAGGCAAACUUUAAUGACAAGUUCGACGAGAUCAGAAAGAAGUGGGGUGGUGGAAUUAUGGGGUCAAAAUCACAGGCCAAAACCAAGGCGAGGGAAAGGCUGAUGGCAAAGGAAGCUGCUCAGAGGAUGACUUAGGUUCUGCCUUCCAACAACUUUGAGCAGUCUUUGAUCAGUCAUUGCUCCAGUUUCACAAAGAUAGUCCUUAAGCUUUGUGGUUUAGGUUACUUUUUUUUAUUUUUGGGUGUAUGAUGAGCUUUGUAGCCUCAGAAUUGUUUAAAUUUGCCAACAUUGUUCCUGUUGCAACAAUUUGUUUCUCAGCGGCAGAAUUAUUUAAAUCUCCCAACGUUGGUCCUCGGACGCUUGUAUUGUUCCUUACCUGGCUCUCUGUUUUUA